AUGUUUACUCACGCUUAUUUUCGUUUGCCAGACAAGGAUCGACUCGAGUUACCGGAGACUCUACAAAAUUUGCCCAGGGUAGAGAAUUUUUCGUCUUAUAGACAUCGUUGGAACACGAACGAGGAGAUUGCUUCCAUUUUGAUCUGUUUUGACAAGCACGAGUCAUGGUUAUCCAAAGAAGUAAGGAUAAGACCCCAAAGUGGAACCAUGCUCCUCUACAGCAGAAAGCGCGUCCGCUAUAGAAGGGAUGGAUACUGUUGGAAGAAACGAAAGGACGGCAAGACCACGAGAGAAGAUCACAUGAAACUGAAGGUUCAAGGAAUGGAGUGUAUCUAUGGUUGCUACGUUCACUCUGCUGUUCUUCCCACAUUUCACCGGAGGUGUUACUGGUUGCUUGAGAACCCUGAUAUCGUUUUAGUUCAUUAUCUCAAUGUACCAAGUGCGGACGAAUCCAAAAUGGUUACUUCAGCAGCAUUAAGCCAAUGUGCCGAGAGUAAAAAAUGGACUAAAGAAGAACUGGUUUCGCAGCUAAAACCGAUGUUUCAUACAAGUGAGGAAUCAGAUCACUUCGACACUGUGACGGACUCAACUGUGGAAGGAAUAGUUCAACAGUUAAUGGAGAAACACCAGAUUGAAACAGUUCUAAACAGCCAACAAAGAAACAGUCGAGAUAGGAACAUUUCUUUGAAAUUAGCCAUAUGUCCGGUUACAGGUAAGGAAAAACGGUCAGUCCAGAAUAAUCAGGCCGUUAUCCCUCGGUCAACUUCUGGUAACGUAACCAGUGACCGUUCAACAUCGAAACUGGCAGCUCAGGAAGACGUGCCAAAAUUCCAACCAAAGGUCCAGAAGAUGGGCGUAAUUACAACCAGAACUGGACGACCUAACAGUCUCAAAAUAACAUCCUCUUACCGGUCAGCUCAAGAAAAGUCCACAGUAGCGACAUCUACGUCUUCACACUUUGUCAGUACUUCUCCAACAUCUGUUAUACUAAGUCUUUCACAAAUACAAGGUGGUGGAGGUUUGUUAAUCUUAAAUAAUACAGGGACUGUUACAGGACUAGGUCUUACUCCAGCUAUGGAUGUCACAACUCCGAUCACUGGUAUAGAUAUUUCUCCCACUCAUAAUACAACUACUACUAUCACGACGUUAGGAACUACGUCCACUCUAAAUACUACGACUGGUGUUACAGCACUUGAACUUACCCCAUCUGCUAAUAACGAGGCUGCUGUUACGUGUUUAGAAUUUACUUCUGUCCAAAACACGACAACGGAUGUUACAGGUUUGGGCCUCACUCCCACUCAAAAUACAACUGCUGCUACUGAACUGACACUUUCAUCCGCCUUAAACACGACAACAGUACAAUCCAGAUUGAAACUUACUCCUGCUCAAAAAACUACAACAGCAGGUUCAGGUGUGAGACUCGCUCAAUCUCACAGCUCUACAACUGUCAGUGAAUUAGGAUUACGUACAACAAAUAUUCUGUCAAAUUUUGGACAGAAUUCAAAUAUAACUGUGCCAAGAGCACCACUGAAAACAGAACCAAAAAGUAAAACAGCCUUUUUAGGAUUACAAUUGGGCUCAAAAAGGUCAUCGGAUGAUAACAGAACCAGUAAACAGCAUGCAAGUAAUGUUUCUACUCCAGCACGUUUUCAUAAUGAGCUUCCUGGGAGAGAGUCCUUUCUAAAUAUUGUAUCACCUAAACUUACAACGAAUUCAAUUAGUCUUGAUUCCCAAGAUUUUCUUAACUCCAUUGCUUUCUUUACACCUAGUUCUGAGGCUCAUCCUACUGGAACUGUUCAUCACAGAGGUGACCAAACAGUUUCGUCUGGUAAAAUUGCCUCUAAUCGACGUAAAUCUAAACAUGAGCCUCAAAACGUAUUCUUGUCUUCUCAAGAAUCGACGACAGAAACGUUUCCAAAAGAGAUGGAUAUCCAAACACUCGGUGAUGUUAACAAUUUUGACGUAACCCCUAUGGAUAUUUCGGACAGUGACCUUCCUAUUAGCCACAUUGACGACGUUUUCCAAUACAAUUCACUCCAUACGUUAACUGAUUUCAAUACUCUAGUCAGUCCUAAUUCCAAGCACACAGCAGGAAAUGGUUCCUCCAUCAUUACAACAGCAUCUUCUUCAUUUCCAGCCUUUAGUUGCUCUUCGCAGAUGGAGUUACCACACCAUAAACACGAUCAUGUGGUGUCUAUCAAUGACUACUCUCCAGAUUGGUCAUACACAGAGGGUGGAAUCAAGGUUCUCAUAUCGGGACCAUGGGAUUCUUCUAGCUCCCUCUACACUGCCUUGUUCGAUGGCGUUAACGUGCCAACUACUCUUGUUCAAAAUGGAGUUCUUCGAUGUUUUUGUCCAGCACACGACGCAGCAGUGGUGAAUCUCCAGGUGGCGUGUGAAGGCCGUGUCAUCUCCAACUCAGUGACUUUCGAGUACUACAAAAGGAUUAUAAGCACAUUAACAACCGACAACUUUAACGUAGACGACCAAGUUCUGGAACUUUCCUUGAUGGAAAGAUUGAAAGGGAUGGAAUCUCGGCUCUCCAUUCAAUCAGAAAUGUUAACUCUUUGUUCAGACCUGUCUGUUGCUGAAUCUUCCACUUCAGACCAUUUAUAUGCUGAUGACCCUCCUGGUCCUGACCAGAAGAAAAUAUCUACAAGAACAGUGUAGUUCAGAAAAAUCCAAACUUGAACACUGAUAGUUAACUAAACUGUCAAAAAAAGAACUUGUUGGCUGAGCUUUAUGGCAGUUGGACUAUGCAUUGGAAGAAAAAAUGGUCCAUUUAUAUUAGUGAAACAAAAUAUGGCAUUGUAGAAUGCUAGAACAACUUGAAAUUAGGUGGGAAUCCUCACAUUACUUGAUGUAACUUUGAGGUAAACUGGAAUCCCUCACAGGAACCGACACAGACUUAAGACAUAAAGGAAUCUUUAGUUGAAAAUUAAAAAGUAGACAAUAAGAGAAAGACUAACUCGCAUGUCGAUGUAAGAUAACAAUCAAUAUGACAGAAUUAGCUUAGCAUUUACGUUUCUACUUAACAAUGACUUUUGACCAAUAUGUUGUUAAUGCCCUCACAAUAGAGAAAUCCUGCCAAGUAACAAAAUUCAAAAGUAGGUGAAAUGUAAUUUCUCAGGAAAGAAAAUUGCCCAAAUGAGAAGAAAAAAAAACUAUGUUAUAUUGGAUUUUUUUUUUUUUGUCAACAAAAGAGAUAUAUGAUAGAAGAGAAUUUCAUGUCUGA